AUGGCGACCACCAACUGGCACGCAGCUGCGUCGGAGCUCCGCGUGCUGCCCGAGGACGCGCAGCCGCCGGACGACCAGCGGGCGCUCACUUCGCACGACUACCACCAACAGCUCUCGUCGGCCGCCGCGCCCGGCAAGAACCUGCUGUCGCCCGCGACCAUGAACGUCCAGAACGCCAUCAGUGAGCUCACCAAGGUCAAGGAGCGCCAGGACCAGGGCAAGAUCUCGGUGCACGGCUGGAUGCACAAACAAGGGAGCCGCAAGUUCAAGGGCCCCGUGGCCAAGAGCUGGCGCAAGCGCUACUUUGCGCUCGAGGGCGCCAAGAUGUACUACUUCCACAACGACGUCGACUGCCGCAAGUACUUUAACUCGCGCAAUGGCGACCUCGUCGUGGGCGCCGUCGACCUGCGCGACGCCUUUAAGCUCGAGCAGAGCGAGCGCUUGGACCUGCCGGCCCGCGGCAUUGUCAUUCACACGCGCCAUCGCGCGUGGCUCGUGUGCCCCGAGACGGACCAGGACUUUCGCAUGUGGUUCGACGCGCUCGAGUUCACUGUCAUGUCGGCGGGCUCGGGCAACGUCGUGAAGCGCGACUUGCCGAACGUCCGCGUGUACGAGAUGAAGGGGCAGUUCAGCUACCGCUUUUGGUACAUUGUGUUUGUCAUCACGGCGUUGAUUGAGCUCGCGGGCAUUGUGCUGUGGUUCCCGUUGGGCAUUGAGCCCUGCGACCUCAAGUUCCGGUCCGACACGUGUGACGAGAUCCAGUUGUUCUAUGCCGACCCGUUGCCAUGUGGCGACAAGCCGUUCAAUGGCGUGUGGAACCCGCCCGAGUGGUACCACUGGUCGGCUGGGAUUAAGACUGUCCAGUGUUUCAAGGAACCGCGUAUCGCGGACUGGGUCUCGUACUUUGUCUUCUACCUCGCUGAGUUCAUCAGCAUCACCCUCGGGUCGAUGUACUACUUGGGCAUGUGGAAACCCGUGCGGCGAGGCGCUCGGUACCUCCGCGACUUUGAGCCCCACUUUCCUCCGGAAAAGUGGCCGACGGUCGAUGUCUUGUUGUGUCAUUACGCAGAGCCCGCAGAUGAUACCAUUGCAACGCUCGAGAAGAUUAUGAACUUGGACUACCCGCCGCAUCUGUUCCAUGUCUGGAUCUGUGACGAUGGCUAUUGCAAGUCCAAGUGGGAAGCUGGUGCUAAAGUACCUAUAGUCAGUGUCAACACGGGAGUGAUUGAGAAUGCCGGGGACGUUCGUCACGAGGUGGCGCAAUUUAUGUACGACCGCGUGUGUGAAUCGUACGAGCUCGAGGUGGACGAGUGGCGAAAGCAACAUACGACGGUCAAGAUGCCAACCGAUGCGACUCCGCGUAUUGUCAACCGGGUCGACUGCUCGGUGGGCUCUGUGCGCGACGAUUACUUCUACCACGGGUUCCCCAAGCUGACGUUCGUGAGUCGUAUCAAGCCAGUGGUGCACCACUCGAAGGCCGGCAAUAUCAACAAUGUGCUGUACAACGAAGGCGCCUGCGGUCGUUAUGCUAUCAUCCUCGACAACGACAUGAAGCCGCACGAGAUGUUCAUUCAGGCCACGCUCCCGUUCUUCUUUGAUGCACCACAGAACACCAAGAUCACACACUGCAGUGCUCCUGGCUGUGGUGACAUUGGCAAGAUCUGUUGUGCUCUGUGUCAGGCAGCCGGCGUGCCUGAAGCUCAGAUCAUGUACUGCUCGAAGGAUUGCUACAAUGCAUCGGGACAUGUCAAGUCGAGUGUCCACCGUCGUCAGACGCAAAACACCAUGUCGGAGCGCAUGAUGUGUGCGAACUGUGGCGGCAAGAUCAACCAAACAAAGGGGUUGUGCCGCAAGUGCAACCGCGCGGUGAGUCGCCGCAACAGCAAACAGUUUGUCGGCGUGUCGGCCGAUGACUACUCGGACCACGUGUCAGUGAACCAAGUUGGCUACGUGCAGACCCCGCAAUACUUUGAAGACUGUUUGCAGCUGCGUCUUGGUGACGCGUGCUGCCAUCGCAACUCGACGUUCUUUGAUUCAGCGCAGACUGGUAUGGAUGGCUACGAUUGUGCUGCGUUUGCAGGCACGAAUGCAAUCUUUCGUCGUCAAGCUCUGGACUCGGUCUGCGGAGUCCAGUACGGCUCGCUGACGGAAGAUGCCUUCACGGGCAAAAUGAUGGUCGACAAGGGAUGGAAGGGCUACUACUUCCGCAAGGAUCUCGAAGGCGAAGAGGCUGAUCGUAUUCGUCUAGCUGAAGGUGCCGUGCCAGAGUCUGUGGCGGCUGCUCUGGCCCAGCGAAAGCGGUGGGCGAUGGGCAAUUUCCAGAUCUUCUUGCGCAACAAAAAGAGUUUGGUGGAUCCCGAGUGGACGCAACCAGAAGUGGAGCUGCCACCGAAACGCAAGAUCAACAAGUUCAUGCGCCACGUGUUCUACCUGAACGUGACUGUGUACCCGAUUGGAUCAUUUCCAGCCAUUUUCUUCUUCUACGUCACCACGUACUUCCUGUAUACCGGACAAGCUCCGAUUUACACGUCUGGCUUGCGUCUGCUGAUGGCCCUCGUGCCUAAAAUUGUGGCCCAAAGCAUUCUAUCGGCUUUGUCGAAUCGCACGGUGGAUAACGACGAUGUGCUGCGAAGUCAACAGACGUGGUUCUCGUACGCUUUUGUGCACGUCAUAGCCGUGUUUGAGACUAUCUAUUGGAAGAUCACGGGCAAAGAGGCGGCGUGGGCCAACACCGGUUCUAUCAGUGGCAACAGUCUGAUGGAGCUGCCGAACCUGAUUGUGUUCUUGGUCGUCGUGUUUGGCAUGUUGUGGGACACGGUGCGCUUUUUCGCGGGCUACAACACUUCCGCGACGACGCACGGCACUCCGCUCUACUUUGCUUCGCUGUACUUGGGUGGGUUCCUGGCCAACCAAUUGUGGCCCAUGGUGCGUAUGAGCGUGCAGACAUACUUUGGCUGGAGCCACAAGAGUUUGACGGAUCAGGGCAACAUCGUGGGCAGCUUCUCGCUCGCCUGUAUGCUUUUUAUUCUUUGUAUCUGGGUGUACGUCGAGACGCCGAACCGAUCCAUUUUCGGAUGA